AUGAAAGCCCUAAGCCCUAUACCCACGCCCCGUUUUGACGAUGCCACCACCGACGUGCGGUCAACGGAGCAGCCAGUGGUCUUUAAGCUGCAGCUUAGGCCUUUGGAGGAUCCAGAAAGCUUCAAGCCCAGCGUCCAGCUCGUGUCCCGCGAAUUUGCAACGCGCUAUUUGGAGUCGGUCGGUGUAAGGCCCAGCAAGGCUACCAUGGACCUAGUGAACCGCAACGUGCCGCUGACGGAAUCCAACAUUAAGACGACGCUACGGGCCAAGGGUCAUGUGGAGGAUGAGAUCCACAUCAGUGUCCCCUCCGUGACUCACCGCUACCGGGUGCCUGUGGUCAUCAACCCCGCGGCAGUGCUGCAGCUAGGCAUCGGAAACAGCGUCCUGGGUUCGGCACCGGACGGGCAAGUGGACGCGGAGGGCGGUGCGGGUUCCUCGGAGGCGCUGGAGGACCUCUUCAGCGGCCGGCCGUACGACCCCACUGCCGCCGGUCGAUCCCCCGGCGGCACCGAUUUCCUAGGCAUGGCGUCCAAGUACCUGCACCCAUUCAACCUCGACCUCUCACUCGCGCGGAAAAACCUGAGCGUCCUCCACGCCGCGUCGCGCCAAAGGCUUUCGCCCGGCGGCGGCGCUGAGGGCGGGGCCGGCCCUGACGGCGCUCUCAACGGGGGCCCGAGCACAGGCGGCAACAGCAGCGGCGGUGGCGGCCGUGGCGUUGGUGGCUGUACGGCUGGCGGGCUUGGCGGAGGGAGCAGCUUCGGAGCGUCUACGUCGGGACGUGGGAUUGGUGGCGGCGCGUCGUCAGGGUUAUUGGAGGGCCGCGGCGGCGGCGGGGGGGGAUUGAGCAGCCGUAGCAGUUUCGCGGCCAGCAGUAGCCGGCGGUCGGGGUCGUGGCCUCACAGCAACAGCGGCCGGCUGUUGGAAGAGGGGGCGGGGGUUGGCAGCGCCGGGGGCCCACUCGAUCCGUCGCGUCUGGAGCUGUUGGAGGAGCUGGCGCAGCCGCUGCUGGUCACCCCGGAAGUGGUGCUCACUUUACAGGGCCAGCUUGAAGCUGCUCUGGCGGACUGGCACCGGCACCAGGCUCCGGAGGCGCUCAAGGGGCGGCUGACGACUGAGGAGUUCAACCGCACGCAGGAGGAGCUCAGCAGCGAGGGGAUGGUGAAGCUGCUCAUCACGCUGAUCAACUUCCUGCAUGAGGAGCUGGUUCGGGGACACCCCUCGUACCCGGCCCAGCAGCAGCAGCAGCAGCACAGCAACGCCGCGAGGGAGAGCUCCAGAACCAGCGGACUAGCGGGCGAGCGCAGCUCGCAAAUGCACAGCGGCGGCGGCAGCGGUGACGGCGGGGGCGGCGUCGUUGGGUUAACAAGUCGCCGCAGCCAUGCCGGUAGCGUUAUUUUUCGCAGUGGCACACAACUACCCGCCACCAUCAGCAUCCAGCAGAUGACGAACCUACAAAAGUACGAUCUGGGAUACCAGGCAUAUGUACGGCAGAAGCUGGAACAGCGCCAGGCGCAAGGCACGGCGGCGGGCGUCGCCGAGAGCAGCGGUGGCCGCUCCGAAGGCAGCGGCGCCAACCCAGCAGGCGACCGGCUGGCGGGCAGCCGGCCGGAGUCACCUGGGCACUACGGCAGCGCCGCCUCUUCCUCCCUCUUCGGCCCCCUCAACCUCCCGUCGUCACGCUCCCGACCCAACUCCAGCCACCCCACCACGCCCGGUUCUGCCAAUCGCAGCCAUCGCAGCGCCUCUCCUAAUCCCAGCACCGCCACAACCAAUGCCAACGUCGAGACUUCGGACCCGGCGCUUCCUAUCCCGGGCCUACCGCCCCAUGUAGGACGAGCGUUGCGUUCCAGUCCUUCCUUCGCCCUCGCCGCUGCCGCUAACACCGCGCGCUCCAUACACGCUUCCUUGGAUGCUGCCGACAUGGCGGCUCUACAGCGCGAGAGGCUCUUCGCGUUGCACGUCGACUUUGCGAAUCGUUUCAAGGUGCUGCGGCAGAAGCGCUCCGGCAUGUUUUUCACCUUGCCCAUCUUGCUGCUGUCCAUGCGCCUGUGCAUCAACCUGCUGUUUAGUACGUUGUAUCCGUUGUGGACGCGGCAGUCGGAAGGGGCUGAGGUGCUCGAGCAAAUGGAUUCGUUGCUGUGUGCGCUGUUUGAUCCUCACGGCUACCUGGAGCGUGCGCUUAGCUUGCUGCAGAGCACACCGUCGGCCAUCGAAGCCGUGACGCGCCACCCGCAGCGUCGCGGCAACGAACGGCGGCACUUCUACGACACCAGCCCGCUAAUGCAGGCAACGCUUCAGGGACCCAAGUCGUCCGUUCAUGAUGCCAUAAUGCAUAUCGGCAUCAAUAUCGGCAUGCUGACGUUGGGGAACCUGAGCUCGCGCGUGUGUGUGCGUGCUCGCAAGCUGAUGGCUGCAACGGCCAACCAGCCCCAAGGUCUGGGCCUUAUGCGUACGCAGCUAACCACGGAGCAGCGCGCGUCCCUCUUUCAGAUGGGCCUGCAGUGGAUGCAUCAGCCUGACCCGGUGCUGUCGCAGAACUGUGAAGGCAUUGCCGGCAUGCGGACGUGGCAUAGGCAGUUGGUGGCACAGCACUUGGCACGGGGGCUUCCCGAGAUGGUGUGGGCUGCAGGUCAUUUUGCUGCGCUUCUCGCGUGGCCCCAAAGGUCUUCCUGCUUGCGCAGCUUGUGGCACAGCGUGCUAUUCCAGCAACUGGCGGGUGGUUCAAUGAAGCUUGGGAUCAGCGAUCCAGGUUAUGCUGGAAAGCUAUGGCGGAAGUUUUCGUUUACACAAGCGGAGAGCUCUCUCUUGUGCUGCAGCAACCCGGCCUUGCUGUCGAAUAUUGUGGCGACAUCUGGCCAGGAUUUGGAGCCAGUCCGACUGGAACGCCUGAGCUCCUGCCGCGUUGCCAGUGUGGUCAUCCCACAACCGCCAUGGAGGCAGGUCGCAGCGGCUGAAGGAGCGGGAGCGGGGACGGGGACGGGGACGGCAGCAUCAUGCGGAGCCGUGGGGGGCAUGGAAGCCUAUGAGCUGGCCCUCCGGUUGGUGUCCAGUGCCGGAGCCAGCGGCUCUGCCAGCGCCGACGGUAGCACCUACACCUCCGUAACGCAGAAGGUCCGCGUGAGCGUGAAGAUACCAGACCGCUCGCCAGAGGACCUGGCUCCUGGCUGGGACACCGACCUGCAAAUCAACGGCCAGCGUCGCGCGUUAGUGCUGUUUACGUACAUCAGGCGAGGCUGCAUCCAGCUUAUCCUCGACCUGCUUGGCCCGGGGGCUGUAGUACCAGCGCUGCCCGGAGGUACUGCACAGGCACGUACCGGCGACGGCGCCACGCGUCCUGCGGCAGCCAUUAUAAAUGGUGAUGAGACGCCGCUGCCGCGCUCCGAGGAAAGCGCAACCAACACAGCCGGUCUGUUCCCUGGGGGAAACGCUGUCGGCUUGAAACCUGCCUGCCCUGGUUCGCAGCUGCACCUUGGCAGCACCGUGACCGACAACAGUCAGAUAUUGAGCGUGGGAGCUGAGGACGGGAGCAGCGUACGGGAGCUGGGCGGUAUGUCGCGUCCUGGCAACAAGCUGACCGAGCAGCAGCCCUGUCCUGGGUCCCUUUCUGGAGCGGUGCAGCCCCAGGCAGCGCCCGGUGGCGUUCACGACCUACUGCUCAGCACCAUCUGCAGGGAGUCAUUAUUUGCGGGGCGCAGUUUGACACUACAAGUGGGCGCCACUGCGACCAUGGUGCAGAUACAGCAGGUGAAGCCCGAGGACGAUGGGUGUGCAGCUUGUGGUGUGCGACGGAACAGCCGGCUGCAGGAGUUGGCUGUGACGGGCCCGGCACUGCCACUGCCGCCCGACGUGCGCAUCUGGCAGCAAGUGGUCUGCACGGCCAACACGUGGUCAGCGCUUAGCUGGGACACGUGGCCGCUGCCCUGGCGGCGUCCGCAGCGGCGGAGGGAGGUAGUAUUGGCGUGCACGUGGGGCACGGGGAUUGAACAUAAGGAUUCUCCUGCUGAGGGGUUUUUGGUAGAGGAGCCGCCGCGUAAAGCUCCGGAGUUGCAGCUGACGGUCCGGCAACAGGGCCGCUUCCUGCCGGUAGGGCUGGUGGCGGCAGCUGGCGCGAGGGGGUAUGGCGCGGAGCGGCGUUCCCUCCGCACAGCCCUGGCGGCGGGAAACGUGGUGGCUGCCGUCGACACCGCUUUAGGUGGGGCUGUAGCAGCGGGUUCGGAGGGGAUGGCGACUACGCAGCAAUGUUCGCCUCUCCCUAAGGCGGACAGCAUUGCGCGUCAUGACGCGUCGCCGUACCUGUUGGCUUUCACACUGUCGAACAGCAAUGGUUUAGCGCAUGUGGAGCUCUCCAGGGGGGGUGUGCACAGCGCGACGGCGGCGUGUGUCUUGCUGGUAUCCAGCCCCACUAUCGCACACGAGCUAGAGCAGCUGCAGGCAGCUGCAGGCGGUGGGCUGGGCUUGGACUAUGCGCCGCGGCCCUCGGUAUUUACAGAUCUCAUUCGGGAUUUCGGCACCCUCUUGGACAUAGUACCAGCCUUAGCCGGCUGCGAGGAGGGCACUGUUGCCAACAGUACCGCCGACGGAGUCGCCACGUGCAGCCAGCCUUUGAUUGAGUGGUCGUUGGCUCCGCUCGGCGAUACGGGGAUAAGCGUGCCCGUGCCCACGCGCGUGGGCUUCCUGCGCCCGCGGCUGCACAGGUGCACCGAUGGUGGCUCUGCUGCUGCCCGCGGCUUGGAAGGCAUGCAGCGCGGCGGAGCAGCUCCUGCGCGCGCGGGCACAGCUGGUGCUGGUGAUCUAACUGACGGUGGCUGCGUCACUGCUGCCGACGUAGAUGACCUGGAGGAGUCACUAAAGCGCCGCGCCCUGAUGUUGGCAUCUGUGGGAUGCCGGGUCGGCCUGAACCUGCUGCACUACUUCGUUUCCUCAGGGAUGGCGGCCUGCGCGAUCCGCGUGCUGGACAUCCUGCACCAUCAGUUGGGGGUUCCCGCGCAGUUGCUGGCCGGCUCUGACUGCUGCCACGAGCGCAUGACGCUGAUGCACCACGCGGCUCGCAGCGGCAGCUUCCAAACAAUAGCAGCUGUGGUAACUUGGUUAGAGGAGCACGGCAUAGAUCCUGCUUGGGACAGCAUCAAUCCUACCGGUCUUACGCCACUGCAUUUGUUGGUGGUGGCGCCUGACAGCCAGGUCUUAGGGACGCUGGUGCAGCUGCGGUGGCCCGGCGCACGUCGCGCCUGGCAUGGCAGCACGGCGGGCAACUGCACUCCGGCGCAGUUUGCAGCGAUGGCCAGGGAGGAGACGCCCUGCUGGUGGCAGCGCGCCGCGAGCAGCUCGGCGGUGUUGUGGCUUGUGGGCGGGGCCUGGUGCGGCCUGUCUAGGGCGUGCGCAUGCUUGGUGCCGAAGCGCUUGGUCCGCGGCUUGGAGGGCAUGGUGGCGCCGGGCUUUAUAUUGCCCUCCCUGGAGUCCGCGUAUGCGGCAUGGCUACACCGCCGCGUGGUUUUCACGGACCUCCUCUUCCUUGCCCUGCACACAGCGUACAGUGUGACGCAGGCGGUGAAAGGCGGCUGGGCUUUUUUCACGCAGCACGUGGCAGGCCUUAUCCUGCUGGCGGUGCGGCUGGGCCUCUUGGCGCUCCAGUGGCAGCUUUGGGACGUGUUGCAGCGGCGGCUGAUAUGGCUGGGUCUUUGCAAUAGGGCCAUAAAAGCUGCCAAGGAGGGGCAGGACGAUGCGAGCAGGCGUAGAGGUAACGCCAGUAGCGGCAGCUUCGGCAGGCAAGGCCGAGGAAGGCUGCAAGUGCCGCGAGAGGGCGCCGCUGUGAUUAUGGAGCUGGUGCGCAUGGUGCUGAUGCUGAUGAUAGUGGCUGGGGUGUUACCCUUGCCGGAAAGCUGGGCGCGGCUCGUGCAGCUUCGUUUGGACUUCAUCAUCAACAUCAUUAUGCGCCCCGCCGCCGGCCAGAGAGUACUGUUUGCGUCACCUUGGCCGCAGAUGCGUGUACUUCCGAGCGUCGUCGCCUCUGCUAUCGCACUUGUUGGGGAGGCCGCGAUUACAACCUACAUACUCUGGCAACCUGGCGUGUGGGUGGCAUGGAGCUUGGCGCUGGCUGUCGCCCGUGGUGUCGUCACGCAUGGGUACAUGCCUUACCAGUGCCAAGCGAGCAGCUCGGCAGGCGGCAACGCAUCUUGCAACGCCAAAAACUUCCAAUACUACGAGCGGGCUAUAUCCACAGGGACGCACUUCCUUCGCGGCUGCAAGCUCACGUCUAGUCACCACGAUUUCCGCAUCAUUGAUGCGCUGCCGCCCCACGUCCGCAAUACCACCCUCCUCAUUGUGAACCUGCGUGAGCCCGCCAGCCGCGCCGUGAGCCACUUCCACAUGCUGCGCCGCCAUCAAGACCCGGGGGCCAUCAACUCCACUGUCAUUGACUACUUCCUAGGCAACCCCAUGGGUGUGUCCAUCUCUCGCAACCGCAUGACACGAGUACUUGCUGGCGAGUUUUGCUGCAAGGACGGUGCGCCGGUCUCCUACGAUAACCGGGAGCUGUUGGAGCGCGCGGUAAAGCGACUGGACCAGUUUUGCGUGGUGGGGCUGACCAGCCGCGUGCAGGACACAAUGCUGUAUGUGCAACACACGUUGGGGCUAGGCACCGAGCGGACUCCCAAGAACCUCCAUUACCACAACAAUGCCAAGAAGUACACCCCGGUGGAUGACGAGGUGCUGCAGCGGCUGCAGGAAGCAAACGCAUUAGACGUGGAGCUGUAUAGGGAGGCAGAGCGGCGCUUUGGAUUGCAAAUGAAGAGCAUCAGCAGGGAUGAGGCUGCCACGGCCGGUGAAAGCGGUGACGGUUAA